AUGGCGGACACAAACACAAGCUCUGUUGAUGUGAUUUUGGACUUCCUUAGGAGGAACCGGUUCACCAGAGCCGAAGCAGCUUUGCGCAGUGAGAUCAAUAAUCGCCCUGACUUGAAUGGCUUCCUUCAGAAGCUCACAUUGGAAGAAAAAGCCCCACGUGAUGUGCCUCAAAAUAAUAAGGGGAAGCCCGUGCUUGAGAUUCAAGGGGUGGACCCUCUUGAAUUUUCCAAUGAACUGAUUGUCAAGGAAAUAGAGUGUGGGAAUGGUCCAAAUGCCACCGAAAGCAAAUGGAAAACUGCUGCUCCCACUUUGGUGGAACGGAAUAAAUUGGAUGAAGCAGUUGGAACUAGUGAUAAGAACUUCAUUUUCUCUAAGACUUCAGAGGAUGGUCUGCUUGAUUUAUACUCCUGGAAGUUCAACCCUGGCAAAGCUCCUGUGGAGCCUUACCAAAACGAUGCUGGUAGUAGGGCUAAUAAUACUUCGAAGGCCACUAUAUCUCAACAAUCAAAAUGUCAAACUAAUGAAGCUGUGGAUCUAAGUGUUGCCAAUACCAGUUCAAAGUCUGGGGAGGAAAAUGCUGCCCUUGCUGACAAAAAAUCACUGUGGUCUGGAAGUAGUAGUAAAGCCUCUGUGGAUCUUAAGUACGACCUUGUGCAAAGCAAAGAACCUAUGGAACUUGAUCGGCAACUUAAAUUCAAUAGUUCAUCCCUUAAAGUGAACUUUUCAGAUAAUCCCUGGUCAAGAACGGACCAGAGUGUGAAUUCGUCUUCAGACUCCUACAAAGAUUGUUCUGUCAAGACUGUCUUUCCCUUCUCGAAAGGGGAUGUGUCUACAAGCUUUGAUGGUGCCACUUAUUCUGACAAAAAAGAGGAGAAAAAAAGGGUAGAAAUUAGUGAUACCUGGACUUCUAUAAAAGAGCAGGUGGAUGAGUCAGGGAGGUCUAUUUAUUUGGUCAAAACACCAGUGAGUUCUGAACAGAAGUUGAUUGGCAGCUUAAGUUUUCCUCUUCCACCUGAAAAUCAGAAGGAAGAGUUUCCUAGGCUUCCUCCAGUUAAACUCAAGUCAGAUGAUAAGCCCUUGGUUGUUAAUUGGGAAGAGAAGUUUGAACGAGAUGGACCAACUUCAAAACCCCCUGGUGCUGACAGCACUUUACUUAUUGGUUCUUAUCUGGAUGUACCUAUUGGACAAGAAAUUAAUCCUCCAGGUAUGAGGAGAGCUACAGGGGGCAGUUGGUUAUCUGUUAGUCAAGGGAUAGCAGAGGAUACAUCUGAUCUUGUAUCAGGAUUUGCUACAGUUGGUGAUGGGUUGAGUGAAUCCAUUGACUAUCCAAAUGAAUAUUGGGACUCUGAUGAAUAUGAUGAUGAUGAGGAUGUUGGGUACAUGAGACAACCUAUUGAGGAUGAGACCUGGUUUUUGGCUCAUGAGAUUGAUUACCCUAGUGACAAUGAAAAAGGGACUGGGCAUGGAAGUGUUCCAGAUCCUCAGGAAAGAGGUCUAGCCAAAGAUGAGGAUGAUGAUCAAUCUUUUGCUGAGGAGGAUUCUUACUUCUCUGGGGAGCGAUAUCUUCAGGAAAAUAAUGUUGAACCAGUGACAGGUACUGAUGAUCCUAUUGGUCUAACAGUUACUGAGUAUGGAAGGACUAAUGAUAAUGAUUUAAUGGCUCAAUAUGAUGGACAAUUGAUGGAUGAAGAAGAACUGAACCUGAUGUGUGCAGAACCAGUCUGGCGGGGCUUUGUCCCUCAAACUAAUGAACUCAUCAUGCUAGGAGAUGGGAGGGUGUUGAAUGAUAACGUAAGAUCACGGCUAGAGAACAUCAGUAUGGAUGAUGAUCAACAUGGUUCAGUUAGGUCAAUUGGUGUAGGGAUCAACAGUGAUGCUGCAGAUAUUGGUAGUGAAGUGCGGGAGAGUUUGGUUGGUGGUAGUAGUGAAGGAGAUUUAGAAUAUUUCCGUGAUCCUGAUGCCGGGCUUGGUGGUUCCAGGCACUCUCAUCUAGAUUUGGAUAAGAAAUCUACUAACAAAUCAAAUAAAAAUCAGAACAAUGACAAGGGUGAGUCAAAUAAAUAUGUUAUUGGAUGUGACAGAGAUGCACAGUUCCAGUUAAAAACUCAUGGUGAUGGGAACUUCUCAUUUCCCCUUUCUUUGAAGGAUGGUGAGAUGAUUCAGGCUUCCACCAAUAGGUCCCUAUGGUCAAAUAACGGCAAUGCAGAUGAAACUGAUGACUCUCUUAGUGCAUUUGUGGAAACUGAUGACAUGCUUGCUUUGUGGAGGCGAAAGAGCAGUGAUUCAUCACCUGUAAAAAGUUCUAGGGAUGAUAAUAAUGUCAACAAUGUAAGAUCCACAAACUCAUCUCCAACAACAUUAUCAAAUUAUGGAUAUUCCGAAAGAGAGCAUGUGAAGGUAGAAGAGGAUGAAAAAGCUGGAAUUGCAAGGGAAGAUGAUCUAAGAGCAUCCCAGGAGGAUGAAGAGGUAGCUGCUGUGCAAGAGCAAGUUAGGCAGAUAAAGGCACAGGAGGAGGAAUUUGAAACCUUCAAUCUAAAGAUUGUGCACAGGAAAAACAGGCAUGUUCUUAGCACAUAUUUGAUCUUAAUGAGCUUGAUAGCUUGGGUGAUUUUUGUUAUGCAAACUGGCUUUGAGGAGGACAAGAAUUUCCCUGUUGUUUUAAAUUCUGUAAUAGCUGGAAGGUAUCAUGUCACCGAGUAUCUGGGAUCUGCUGCAUUUAGCAAAGCUAUACAAGCUCAUGACCUACAUACCGGCAUGGAUGUUUGUGUUAAAAUUAUAAAGAACAACAAGGACUUUUUUGACCAAAGUCUUGAUGAGAUCAAGCUUCUCAAGUAUGUCAAUAAACAUGAUCCUGGAGACAAGUAUCACAUUCUUCGAUUAUAUGAUUAUUUCUAUUAUCGAGAACAUUUGUUAAUAGUAUGUGAACUACUUAAAGCAAACUUGUACGAGUUUCAUAAAUUUAAUAGAGAAUCAGGUGGUGAAGUGUACUUUACAAUGCCAAGAUUACAGUCAAUUACCAUUCAGUGUCUGGAAGCACUUCAAUUUUUGCAUAGCCUUGGACUAAUACACUGCGACUUGAAACCAGAGAAUAUUUUGGUUAAGAGCUAUAGUAGAUGUGAGGUGAAGGUCAUUGAUCUUGGAAGUAGUUGUUUCGAGACAGAUCAUCUUUGCUCAUAUGUUCAGUCCAGAUCUUACCGUGCUCCUGAGGUUAUUUUGGGACUUCCAUAUGAUAAGAAAAUUGAUAUCUGGUCUCUGGGCUGCAUCUUGGCAGAACUUUGUACCGGCAAUGUCCUCUUCCAAAAUGAUUCGCCUGCGACAUUACUUGCUAGAGUGAUUGGGAUCAUUGGUCCAAUUGAUCAAGGUAUGCUUGCAAAAGGACGGGAUACCUAUAAGUACUUCACCAAAAAUCAUAUGCUUUAUGAAAGAAAUCAGGAAACCAACAGGUUAGAAUACUUGAUUCCAAAAAAGACAUCCUUGAGGCAUAGAUUGCCAAUGGGAGACCAAGGCUUCAUUGACUUUGUGGCUCACUUGCUUGAAGUCAACCCUAAGAAGCGGCCCUCUGCAUCUGAAGCUCUGAAGCAUCCAUGGCUAUCAUACCCUUAUGAACCCAUAUCAUCUUGA